AUCAUCACCAUCGGCGACCAUACUCGAGUGGGAUAAUAUCUGCGGAAGACGAGUGGCGACGGAGACCCAGCUCCAAGCGGGACCAACGGCGGCCGGCCAAUCUCCACGACCGGCCGGCCCCACCCUCCGGAAGCUGGGUCCCCACGAGAUAUUUCCCUCCGCCCCACACCUCUCCGGAAGCUUCCACGACCGGCCGGCUGCACCUUGUCGCUCUGGAACCUUCUGUCCCAGCCCUAUUUAAUGCCGUCCCCUUCUCCUUCUUCCUUUCCUUCCUUCCUCGGCAACAAGAAAGCAUCCAUCUCACUGCUCGAAGAACCACUGAGCUAUACAACGCAGCGCGUUGAGCUCACACUCCCACCGCCCAUAUUAUCUUAUCCUCUUUCCCCUCCCCAGCUCAGUUAGUUAGACUUGUAUCAGCAGGUUGCAUUUCUUGCAUCAAAGUCUCGUCUUUCUCUGAUUGAUUACCUUUGCCAGUAGACGGAUCCGUUUGUUACUCUCUUUUGAUGGGUUUCUUUCAUGGAUCCUCUUCCCGAUAUAGUGAAAGAGGAGUACCCGGAGACGAGUUCCUAUAACAUAGAAGAUUCUUUUAUGGAGCCUCCACGGCCGAUGGAGGGGCUGCACGAAGUUGGGCCGCCGCCUUUCCUUACGAAGACCUUCGACAUGGUCGAUGACCCAGUAACCGAUCAGGUGGUCUCCUGGAGCCUCACGAGUAAUAGCUUCGUGGUCCGGGAUCCCCACGCUUUUGCUGUGACCCUUCUGCCGAGGUAUUUCAAGCACAACAAUUUCUCCAGCUUCGUUAGGCAGCUCAACACAUAUGGCUUUAGGAAGGUGGACCCAGAUAGAUGGGAAUUUGCAAAUGAAGGAUUUCUUAGAGGACAGAAGCAUCUUCUAAAGACAAUUAAAAGAAGAAAACCACCUUCGAAUCCUCUACCAAGGCAGCAAUCAACGGGGUCAUUCCUGGAGGUCGGGCACUUUGGUCUAGAUGGAGAAAUUGAUAGGUUAAAGCGAGAUAAGAACAUUCUGAUGGCAGAGGUGGUGAAGCUAAGGCAGGAGCAGCAGAACACUAGAACACAGCUUCAAGCCAUGGAAGAAAGGGUACAAAGCACAGAACAAAAACAGCAACAAACGAUGACCUUCUUAGCAUGUGCUUUGCAAAACCCUGACUUCUUCCAGCAGUUGGUUCAGCAGCAAGAAAAAAGGAAACAGCUUGAGGAAGCCAUUUCAAAGAAAAGGAGACGACCAAUAGAAGCAGGGCCUUGUCAUGGUGAAGAGGAGACAAACGAGGCACAGGAGUUUGAGCCACCAUUUGACAUUGAAACGGGAAAGCUGGAAGGGGUUUAUGAACCUGAAUUCUUCCAAUUGGAUGGCUUGUCAAUGGAAAUACACGGACUUGGAAGGAAUGAAGAUGCUGAGAAUAAACCAGGAGAGAAGCAUGAAGGUGGAUAUACAGAACUGAAUGAUGAGUUUUGGGAGGCGUUGUUUAAGGAACGGAUUGAAGAGGAGAAGGGUGGACCAGAGUGGGUUGAAAGAGGCGAGGAUGAUGAUAUUGUUGUCUUGGCUGAGAAACUAGGCUAUCUUACUUCCAAUAGUCCUAAGUAGAUGAGACAUCUAUGCUACACUUCCUUUCUCUUGUUGCUUCUCUUAUCAAUUUUGGCAUCUAAAUCUCACCUUUAAUUACAUCAGUUAUAUCUGUUGUCAGGAAGGUCCAGAAAAGAGUGGCGCUUUACCACCAAGGGAAUCGUUUCUUAUUCAUCCGUCUCUCUUAUACUGCUGAUAUUCAUAUGGAUUUUCAUUUAACUAUACUGAUUUAGAUUUUGCAGUUAUUUUGAGCGGAUCAGCAGAGUCAAAAGGACAUGUACCAUGUAUCAGAAAGACAUGGUUACUCAUCUCAAGGUUCUUAAAGCAUAUCAUUCUGGAGAGAGAGAGGUUGUGGUUCAGCAUAAACAUAAUCACCUCAACAUUUCUGCAGCCAUGUACGCUAUCUAAUUGAAGUCUGCAUUGUGGGUCAACCAUUUUUUUGUGUCAACUAGUCAACAUGCUUCUGCUUGCACUUGACACCACAUGGAAGCUAUUUUUGCUCUGUAACACACUGUUGUUGUUGGUUACAGUAUUCAACCAGUGUCAAGUCCAGUUUGUGAUUUAUUUGCCUUAGCUGCUUGUUAUUUCAGUUCGUAUGAUAGUAAUGUACUUGUUAGCUGGUUUGUAAUUGUUUUCUGAAUAAUGGAACUCGCAUCUUGAGUCUCUACAA